AUGUCGGCAUGGAUUGACAUUGUGCGCGGCGGCAAUGACUUCAGGACGCCUGUGCUUCAGGAAUUCCAUCAGCCCUAUCAGAGCUUUGACAACCGGCCCGAUGGGCAGGCCAAACUGCUUUUGUUGUUUUGCACGGGGGGAUGUAGCGGGGCAGAAGCACCCAGACAAGUUCGCAUGUGCCGAUUUGCCAAGACGAUUCUGCUGGAUUGCCACCUUCAUCAUCAGAAGUCAUACCCCGCGAUGAAGGCAGGCCCUUGUCCUCCAAAUUUGACCAGAAGACAGGUAGAAUCGUACGGCAGCCCCGAGGACCUUGCCCACGAGUUUUAUGCCAGGGCUCUGUCUCCGCUCUGCGAGGCCGUGGUCUUCAUUCAGAACGAUUACUGGGAUAUUCUCGCCAUUGUGGGAGUCUUGGCUCGUUGGGUGGACCUGUCAUUUGCCUCCUCCAUUCGCUGCAGGCCACAGGUGCUCAUUGUUUCGGAAGACGAGCCAAAGAUUGCUCUGAGAGACGUUGAACGAGAUUUAGCAGCAGAACUUAUGUCACACUACAGUCCCCUCGAGGGGCUCUCAUUUAGAAUUCGGCUGAUGCGUGGCUGCAGGUCGCGAACGUCGGCUGAUCAUGUUUUGGAGUGGACACAGGCAACUCGAAACAAUGACACAGCCCUAACAUUCCGAAAUUGCGACGUGAAACACCUCUUGCGCUCGACCUGUUCACAGUUCGCUGAAGACCACCGGAAGACUUUCAGUUUUCAACAAGCAUGGCGCACAAACCCCUUGCCAGGUCAAGUAUCAUGGGGUGCAGAGAAACUAGUCCGCCUGACAAUGCACGACGCCACUCUCUACGAAUCGGCCUGCAGCGCCAUAGCCAAUUCACUUUUGUUAGAAACGUAUCAGCAUAGACGGCGAGUUGGUCAUAUGCUGAACCCUAAAUUAAUGGAAUUGUCUUCCACCGACUGGUUCGACGAAUUUUAUUCGCCCAUGUUAAGCAGCAUAGAACCGGUAACUCUUAAAGCAGAUGUCAGAACACUGUUUAUACAGUUUAUGAAGGCCGAACCCUCGGAAAGACAAACACUUCUAGCAAGCUCGAUGCGUACUCUUUCAUGCAGUAGCAAAAUUACGUUGCCCACGGAUUUAUGUCUCGUGUGUCUCUGUCGCUUUCCAGCGACUACCCUAUCAUGCGGCCACAGGGUAUGCGAUGAUUGCACGGAGACCAACGGCAAGAAAAGCGAAGAGGGCAUCGACAUAUACCAGAUGCACUUCUGCGUUCUAUGCGGAGCUGUUAAUUCAGUGCAAACGGCUCUGAAGCCCCCUUCGGCCGGUAUUCGUGUUCUCAACCUUCAUGGAAACGUUGACGAUGCACUGCCGAUCGCAAUGUUCCUGAAGGAUCUUCGAUCGUCGCUGUCGGGCCGCCUUGAGGAUUAUUUUGAUCUCGUCUUAGGGAGCGGCAUAGGCGCUUUUUUCAUGGUAAUGAUCUUUUGCAACCAAGCUACCGUCGAGGACUGCAUUUAUCACCUACCGAAGCUGAAGUGCGUUAGGAUUGAUGACAAGAGCCUGUUCUUUGGCAAAGGGUUGAGAUUCCCGAGAAGCGACCUUCUUGAUGCCAAGAUAAAGCUGGUUUUGUACAAUACAGACAGCCGUCUAGCAAUUUGCCAAAACUACAUUACAAAAUCAUCGAAAUGGCUGCAAAAAUUCUCAAUUCUGUUCCAAGGUGUCGACAACAUCGCCGCUCGAGCUUUCAUUGAGGCUAAUCGCAUAUGGCCGGAUGGCCGUAUCGACGUAAUUACACAAUGUCACAACAGUAAUUACCCGGAGACGCUGAGCAUGGCAAAUGAGCUCAUAUCGGCUCUGUUUUAUGUUCAAAGGGAGGGAAUUCCGACUUUCUACGAUCUCUUCCCCGCUCGCUUUGUACUUUGGGUCAAGUGUAGACUGCCCGCGGGACGACAUUUACUCGACAUCGCCAUGAGGAUGCGAAGGAGGAGGGUUCACAUUCAGUUUCACGAGAGCGAUAUUAGAGGGGUUGAAGAACGGAAGACCGCUUUUGCGACGCCUGGAAGUCUUGCUACAUUCUCCAAGAUCUAUAAUCACUGUGAAGCUUAA